AGAAUGCACCGCGCGGGUCAAGAUGGAAGAAACCAGCUGCAGCAGGAGAACAAUGUUUGGGCUGUAGAUUUUUAAAAACGGAGCCUCUGGGGGUAAAAUAAGCGAGCCGCCGCUGCGGAUCAUGGUCCUGCACCGGAUAAACUUGAUUUCUGCCCCUUAGCCUUCCUGCCCACCAGCCAUCAGUAUGAACAUCAUUCAAGAUAAAUUAGGGAAUGAGUUCCUGCGCUCCAACGGGAGCAUGGACUCCAACUUUGGAGCCGGCAUGAUAAUGUUCAGCCAUCUUCCUCCGGUAACCAGCUUCACCCGACUGUCGGCCCACUCCGUCAUGCAGGAACUUCCACCUCAAGAUCUGAUCCUGAAGAAGGAGCGGGAGUCUCCUGACUGCAGCAUGGGCUCCCAGGGCUGCCUCCAAGGGGGAGACUUUGUUCAUGCCAUGGGCAUCAAACAGGAGAAGCAGUCAGAGCACGAUUACCGCCUGCCGCUCUACCCUGGAGGGCUGGGGAAGAGCGGGGAGCUGGUGACUGUUGGUAACGACCAGAAGCUGCUGGUGUGCGACCUUAACAUCGGAAAUCUGUCAAAUCAGUUGGAAAAAGAGGCCAGUUGGAGGAAAGGUCGGAGGUCAAACAGUGAUGGGCAUGAGGGUAAACCUAAAAAGAAGAAAAGUGAGGCAAAGCAUUCUAUGAUGGCUGCAGACGGUGGCGGCUUGUCUCCAGGAACAAAGCCUCACAUCUGUGAACACUGCAAUGCAUCCUUCAGAAGCUCCUAUCACCUGCGCAGACAUGUCCUCAUUCAUACAGGUGAAAGACCCUUCAGAUGUAACCAGUGCAACAUGAGUUUCAUCCAGAAGUAUCUUCUCCAGCGGCACGAGAAAAUCCACAGUGGAGAGAAGCCAUUCAGCUGUGACCAGUGCAACAUGCGAUUCAUCCAGAAAUACCACAUGGAGAGACACAAGAGAACGCACAGCGGAGAAAAACCAUACAGAUGUGAGACCUGCCAGCAGUAUUUUUCUAGAACAGAUCGACUUCUUAAGCACAAGAGAACCUGUGGAGAAGCCAUUAAAAAAGAACUGAAUCCUGUGAUGAUGGAUCUGGGUUUUGUGGACAUGGGACAGGGCAGCUAUGGAAUUACUCAGGGAAAUGUUGGGGUCACUGGUAGGAAGAAGGGAAAGUCAAAAGGUUCUGCAGCGGGAGGGGAGCGCAAGAAGAAGAAGGGAGACGUAGGAGGUGCGAGGGAGUCGCACAUUCAGGGAGCUGUGUCCGGAGGUUACAGCAUCUAUGAAUAUUCUGUGGAGAGUCCCACUGUGUCUUCCUCUACCGAGCCAGGGCCUAGCAUGCAGCAGGGACACCAGAGCCAAGGUCCAAAGAUGGCCUUCAAGAAAGCUAAUAGGAAGAGUCUGACUAAAGCAGGUGUGGAGAAUGGGAAAGCUGGCUUGUUGGCGCAAGGAGGCGUCGGCGUGAUGCAGAACAGCGAAGUUAAAGUGGAAUCCACCAGCAGCAACUACGAUGAUGCCAUGCAGUUUGUAAAGAAGCGACGCUACCUUCAAGCAGCAAACAAUGCAGCACCCUCUGGGACCGCGGUGCCAGGAGGGCCCGGCAGCGAGUACGACGUCAGCGUCCAUCUGUCCUCACAGCCGUCUUCUCUUCAGGGUGGGAUCUCAGGAGGAAUGGACGCCGACGGUCCUCUGAAUCUGGAAAAGUCGGGGAUUACAGAUGAGGUGCUGCAGAGCCUCCUCGACCACUACACCCAGAAACCCGACAUUCACUUUGACAUCGGUGACCAGCAUGUGGAGCUGAGCCCUGCCUCAGUGAAUGGUUCUGACACCAACACCUCAAGCCCAUCUGGAGACAAGACUUUAGUGAUGCAUGAAUACUCCCGCUUCUUGCUUCAAGCUUUGGAGCGUACCACCCACAGUGCCAGUUUCCCCCUGGGCCCAGGGCUUCCCCCUUCCUCAGGAUCCUUCACCAAUUCCCACACAGGAAACCCCCUCUAUGCUGACAAGAACAUCUACAGCGCAUCCCACCUGGAUUGUGGCUUUGGCCAGCCGGUGUCUUCCCCUUCCCUGUCCUCCAUGCCAAAGUCUCACUUUGCGAUGCUAAACUGCUCAUCCCCGCAGCACAGCUUCAACCUGAGCAGCCUGGAGGCUUCCUCACACCAGCAGCUCACCCCGUCUCAGGAGCUCACCGAGCAGAUGGAGAAGCAGCACUCCUCCACUCCUCCCUCAUCCUACCAGAUCAGCCCAUCCGACCUGAGCGCCCAGAAGGAUCGGUCAGCGGUCAAGAAUGACUCUGCUGGGGUCUACCUUUUGGUUUCCUCGCACGAACUGGCCUCCCUGGACUCCUCUAAGCCUUCCUACCAGAUAGAAAAUUUCGUCCAGGCCUUCGGCUCCCAGUUCAAAUCCGACGUUCAUGGUCUGUCUUACAGCACUGACUCUGGUGGGGAAGUGGAUCACAGGAUAAGGACGCCGGUGUCGGAUUUCUCAGGGUAUAGUUUGCUAUCUGACGUCAAUGAGCCAGUAAGUACAGGUUCCAAAACACCAACAAGCCAAAGCUACCGAUGAAACCUGAGAGAACAUUAUCGUUUCAUUUUAAUGUCCUCUGCUCCUAUUUUAUUAUUCUUAUUUUUUUUGUGAAUUCUAUAUUUUAUUUACACCGAUGCUCUGUCUUUAUUCCUACUUCUCUCCAUGCAAUAAGCCUUCAAGGCGUCUUUCGAAUGCAAGACUUUAGAAAGCAUCUGUUGAGUGUAUGAUAUACCAGGAAUUGCUGUGCCAGUAGGUCAGGUCUUUAUUUAUGAAUUCAAACGUAUUUUCUUUUCUAGUAAUUUUUUAGCAGGAGCAGUAAAUUUCACAUUUCCAAUGCGCUGAUUUAACUCUACAAGUGUUUAAAAUGAGAAAUGAUGGCAGGGAAACAGCCCAGAACUGAAGUGGCAAAAAAAAAAAAGGAAAUCCUAAAAUAAAAUGUCAAAAGGUAUUACUCAGGAAAACAUGGGAAAACGAGCCGCUCACGGUGGACAGUGAGCUCACUUUUCAGAAGUGUUUGUGGUUUUAAAAAAAAUCUAUAUUUUUCUUAUUAUUUUUUGUGUUCUUAAAUGUUGAAUGAGUUUGACAUGAAAUGGAUUGCUGCCAGCUCACUUGAACACUGAAAACACUUUCUACUUGGCUGUAUAGAGAUUAUGGUACUUUUAUCUCAAUGUGAAACUCCUGUCUUUUUCAAUAAGGGCCGUGCUCAUGGAUAUCUAUAUAUAUUUAUAAGAAUAUAUAUGUAUAUGUACAGUAAGUGUUGUAGGGUUCUGCCGUGAAGUAGAAGGAAGAAUAAGCGCUGUUGAUCGGGCUGAAGAGUCUGUAUUAUAUUUUGGGAUGUCUUCUUCAGCCAGUAGAUGUCGCUGUUGGACAGCUGUAGAUUGGCCUCUUCCUCUCUUUACUCGUCUUCCUCCUAUUUAUCUAAAAAUGUGCUUUUCGCACGUCGAGCUGCUUUUUCACAUAGUUUAAAGUACACGAUUGGUUAAAGUGCUGACCUGAGGAAAUCCCCCAGGCUUUCAGCCAUUGCUGUCGGGGCGUACGCAUGCAGGGGGGAGGCCUUGUGUUUCACGUGAAGGAUGUGGAGAGCUGAUUUUUCUUACUUAUCGGGGAGGGUUUAGCUUAGGCUUAUGGGUGGGCUUCUUUUCUAAAGUAACGUGAUAUUUAAUCGGGAUAUUGUAAGUGUAAUUACAACCCCUAGUUUUAGUUGCCUGGAUACCAACCUUAGCGACUUUUGCAGAUUUUAUUAACUUUGGGGAUAAAAUAUGUUUAUGAUCUAAUGUUUCUGCAGCCAUGUGCUGAUCUUUUUUAUUUAGAUACUUUGAGCAAAUGUUAUAAUCAUCCCUUUAGUGACUGGGUGUCUAUUCCCAUAAAGAGCAGGCAGUUAAUAUAUGUAGAGUCUUGCUUACACUUUUAAAAUGCCCAAUUUGUUUGUCAGGACAGUAACCAUGGAAAGGUCUGUAGCGGGCUUUGAGUGCUGGAAACGUUUCUGCUGCUCUGAAUGAGUCUUUGAGCCCAUAUGUGCCCCUAUUUUACAGUUCUGGUCCACAGUUUACAUACACAAAUUAUUGGCUGGAUUCUUUUUUUUUUUUUUUUUUUUUUUUUUUUUUUUUUGACUUUCAAAAUAAUGGGACAUUCCAUUUUUGAGACUAGCUGAUGAUACAGUUAAGAAAGUAAUUCCUCUUAGCAAGAUGCAGAGAAACCCCAUGGUUUCCGUAGUUACCAGCAACCUUCUGGCUUUAAUCUGACAGGAAAUGUGAUGUCUGUGCAAAAAAAACUUUUAAUCCCCGCAGAUGCUGAUCAAUUUAAGCAGGGUUGGGAUAGAGGGCCAUUCCAGAACUUAUAUCUUAGUUUAUUUUAUCCAAAUUUCAACCAUCUUACUCAGACUUUCACUGUUUGAUGAAAGGAUAUUGGUUAGGAUGUUCAGGAACCACAAAGUAAUAAACUAGAAACUUCUAAAACACCAGCAUUGUGCUGUUUACAUGCACAAACUUUUUUAUUGAAUGUAUUUGGACUUAAAUCAUCAUUUUAUGGACACAAAAUUAAAUUAUUUAAUCAUAUCUGUUUACAGCCAGUCUAUAUUUUGCAUAGAAGCACUUUGACUUGAGUAGAGAUGUCACGUUUCUUUAAAACAACCGUAGAAGUUGUACUUCUUCCCAUUGUUUGGUCUCAGAAUCAUACUUUGUUGUUCUGAGAACAGCCUUGGAAAGUAGCACUGUUGCUCUUGCUGUGUGGCAGAAUGAGAUAAAUGAAUAUCCUGUUAAUUAAAGCCUCCAUGUAAAGCGGGUUUAGAUGGAUGCGGUUAAGAUCUUCUCGAGUCAAAUCAGAUCAAAAUCCAUAUUCUUCAGCUGCAUCUCAAAUCAUCUUAUUGCUGAUUAUUUGCUUGUUUGGACAUUUCCAGUGGUUCUUUCCCUCCAGGUUAUAACCUGGGGGAAAAUCACUAAACUGGGUUUAGAGUGGUUAAAAAUAGGACUGAAACUAUUAAUCUUGAUUAACCGAUUAUUUAAAUCAUCGUCAACUAAGUUAGUGAUUGAUUCAUCAUUGACUGGAAUAUAGAGACUAACAUGCCUUUAGCUGACAGAGCAACCCACUUUGAGCAAAUUUGUAAAAAGAUAUAUAAAUGUUUUGCAUUUAAGAUUUAAAAAAAAAUCUUUUUGUCUGUCAAUAUGCUCUUUCCUCAAGUGAAUACGUGAAUUUCAUUAAAAUUUUUCUUCAAGGAAGGAAGAAUUUUAAUGUAAGUUGGCCCCUGUUAAAACAGUCCAAAUUUAAACCUGCCGGAAAAGGUCCCGACCCUCAACCCUGACUAAUAUGUAUGGACGAAAUUUAAAGCUGGAUUUGUGCCACAGAAGAGACCAGUUAUACCAAUAAAGAGUCCAAACACCAAUUAACUCAACCCACAAAGUUUAAAUAUUGCAAAAUUCCUACAAAUGUUUUCUCAGAACACUAGAAUAAGGUCAGUAUCAAAAUGCAAAAAUGUUGACUCCAUCUCCAAAUAAUGGAUUAUAUUUAAAAUGCAUGGAUCACUUAGUCUAAAUGCAGUCUAGUUACAUAAAUAAACUUCCAAUAAAAUCAGUUUAUGUGAUCAGUCUUCCAGAUUAAACAAGCGGUGCCAUAAAAAGUUGCAACCUGCUUUAAAACAGAAGAAAACUGGAGUUUGGUUUAUUUCAGAUCUUUUUUUUGCCUUUUUUUGUAUAAUUUUUACCACAAGAGAUAUUGGAUUAAACAAAAAAAUAUAUAUAAAUUAAUCUUUACAUUUAUACCAUGUUCCACCUUACAAAAAAAAUUAUCCAAAUAAAUUAUAAGGCCAUGGUUUGUGUGUUCAAACUUGUGAAGAGAGCUAUUUCUUUCCAAUAAUGGUUAAAUAUGACAGUAGAAACUGUAAAGCUGUUGUAUCAAUGAAAGUAAAGUGUCAUGAACAAUAAUCAGCCUCACAUAUACCUCAUCUCACUGCAAACCAGGGGCAAAGGUGUCGGAGGUUUGUGUGUAGCAGAAACUGUGUUUAAAAUGUUCCUGUUUAGUGUGACUGUUGAAAGGGGUGUUUUGGGGGGAAUCUUUUGUAUGCGACACUUGUGUCAACCGUCAUGACGUGUAGCUGAUACAGCCAGUGUUCAGUCCUUUAAUCGUCUCUCAGCUCCAUGUUGCAAUCAGUGUAGCAUUUCUUAUUGUUUACAAGAACUGUACAAAACACUACACCCAGCUUGGUUUUGUUACUUUUUAUUUUUUAUAGUAUUUCAUCCCUACAAAGCCAAACUUUUCAGCCAGCAUUCUUCGAAUUAAACAUUUCAAAGUGAUGACUUAAAAUGUGACUGAAUGGAGACAAAACAAUAAAAAACUGCUGUUACCAUAAA